UACCUGAAAACCUAGCAGUCGUUUUGACUGAAAGAGGUUACAUACACCCUUAGUUUAUAUUUUUUUUGUGCAAAUAUGACCCACAAUCAAGCUGCUAUUCAUACGCAACUGAAACAACAACAUUUGGUCAUUAUUCCACCGCCCCCAGCCAGGUACACCCUGACAGAAUGGAGCUUAAAUAACCGAUAUCGAGAUCGUUGCUGCUUGGAUCAGCAAAAAUUGGCCGAUUCCAUUUUAGCUGAAUGCUCUCGAGUAAAAGAUGAAGUGGAAGAGAAAACCAGACUGAACAAGAAAGAUACCGAUCACAAAAUCGAAGAACGUAAACUGGAUAUCGAAUUUAACACCGGGGAAAUUAAGAAGCAAAGGAAAGAGGUCUGUUUGGAAAUCGAUAAUCUGAAAACGUACAUGGAGAGGAUCAAGGAUUGUCUGGACGCGUUGGAACGAAAUGGGAAAGUCGUUUGUCAAAAGUGUCUUAUAUUGAGGGAGGGAAGGAUCGGGAUUGACUUGUGUUACGAUGAUGUUGAACGUGAACUGAAAAAAGAACUGGACGUGAUCGAGGGAACCCAAAAAAUGCUGAAAAAAACCUUGGAACAGGCCAACGAGCAAGUAAGACGAUUAAAAUCCACCAUUUACUUCAUGGAUCGUGACUUAGAAGAUAAGGGAAACGUGGCAAAAAUCGAUUAUCAGAACAGCAUCUUAAAGGAAACCAGUUUGAAUCUCAGCUUGUAUCACGGCUUCACUCCACUUAACCGAGGCACAGUAACAAAUGAAGAAUGGGAAGAGUACACGAACAACAACAUCGAAAAGGCGGCAAAAGAAAUCAACUCGGCCAGACAACUGCGUGCUUACACGGACAUUAUAAUCAAACAGGCCAUUAGCGACUUGUGGGACCAGUAUAAUGCCGUGAAUAGCGCUUUUAAGAGGAGGAUCGACGAAAUUAAGGAAGCCAAAACGAAAAUGGAAGUACAACAUUCAGAAAUUGUGAGACAAGGAAACGAAAUCACUAGAACCAUAACGGAAUUGGAAAAGUCGCUGCAAGAAAAGGAAGGAUUCAUGGCUUUGGCGCACACGAGGUUGGGCAAUAGGGCGCAGAGACCCGGUGUCGAACUGUGCAAAGAUUCGGUGGAAAUCGCUCUGGUUUACGAGGUAGCCGAGCUGAGGAGCAAUUUAGCUGCUAUGCAGCGUAUGCUCGCUGAGGCCCAUGCCUCUUUAAGGUACCUUCUGAAAACGCAGAUUCAACUGGAAGAAGACCUGAACGUUAAAACCAACUCCCUGAAGAUCGACGAAGUUGACUGUAUGUCCUUGAGGGAAAGUAUGGAUUACCACGCGUUCUAAUUGAAAACAAUAAAAUCGCUCGGUUUUACAGAACAAA